UUGGCCCUUUUCCAUGUAAGGGGUGAAAUUAUUUUUGCAGAUGAACUGAAGAAAAAAAUCAGCGAAGGGUAUGCUGUGGUCCGUUCACGUCUAAACGACGAUGUGAAGCCGCGCUUCGAUGCCUGGAACACCAUCCAGAACACAUGCUUGUACGUUCUCCAGGCAGAAAAGAUUUUGCAACUAUUUGAUGCAUGUGGCGAUGACGAAGCAAAGAAGGAAAUGUUUUUGAAGCAUCAGUCCAAGAACGGAUUUUCCGCUCUUCAUUUCGCCGUUUACAAGGGCGAGACGGAAGCGGUGGAAGAGCUGAUUGCAGCUGGAGCGAACGUUGAUUUUGGUGGUCGCAAUAAACUACCACCGUUACAUCUGGCGGUAAUGUGUGGGAAUGAUGAGCUUGUUGAUAGGCUAAUCGAGCACGGCGCGUCGCUGAAUGCUGUUGAUUUUGUACAUUUCACACCGCUUCACUCGGCUACUUAUUUCGCUCAUGAAAAGAUAGUGCGUUUACUUAUGAAACGUGGAGCAGAUCCGAACUCGUGUGGUGGAGUAAAAGAUCGGCCACUACAUUUGGCUAGCAGCAAGGGACAUAUCACAACACUAGCAGAUGAUGAAGGCAACACAUCGUUGCAUUUUGCUGCUAAAACGGGUCACGUUGGUAUCAUCGACUUGUUGCUCCUCAAAAUAGGGGCCGGGCAUCAGGAGCUAGCACUGAAAGCCAAUGUCUACGGCGAUACACCUCUCCACACAGCUUGCUAUGCUGGUCGCCUGGAUGCAGUGAAACGACUGCUGACUGUUGCUGGAUCAAACACACUAAACGUGGAAAAUGUCUUCUCGGAAACACCGUUGCAUGCUGCUUGUACAAGCGGGAGAAACCUCGAAUUGGUAGCAUUUUUACUGAAACAACCCGGUGUGGAUGCUAAUUUUCAAGGCCAGGAUGGCCACACUGGUAUGUAAUA